CCUCCUCGUCCGCUCGUCUCCUUCCGCCAGCGGCCACUCCCGCCAUGGCCACCGCAGCGCGCGCCGUCGCCGCCGCCGCGCGCCCGGCGCGGCCGGUGCUCCUCUCGCGGAGACUCCCGUGCCCCUCCGGUUGCCCCGCGCGGCGGCCUCGGGUCGGCCGCGCUGUCCGCUGCAUGGCGCGGCGGCCCGACGCCUCGUACUCGCCGCUGCGGCCGGGGCAGGGCGGGGACCGCGCGCCCACGGAGAUGGCGCCGCUGUUCCCCGGCUGCGACUACGAGCACUGGCUCAUCGUCAUGGACAAGCCCGGCGGCGAGGGCGCCACCAAGCAGCAGAUGAUCGACUGCUACAUCCAGACCCUCGCCAAGGUCGUGGGGAGCGAGGAGGAGGCGAAGAAGAGGAUCUACAACGUGUCCUGUGAGCGUUACUUUGGGUUUGGGUGCGAGAUUGACGAGGAAACAUCCAACAAGCUGGAAGGCCUCCCGGGUGUUCUUUUUGUGCUUCCGGAUUCCUAUGUUGAUGCUGAGAACAAGGACUAUGGCGCCGAGUUAUUUGUGAACGGAGAGAUCGUCCAACGAUCACCGGAAAGGCAGAGAAGGGUGGAGCCGGUGCCUCAGAGGGCUCAAGAUAGACCGCGUUACAGCGACCGGACUCGCUAUGUGAAGCGGAGGGAGAACCAGGCCUACCAACGGUGACCCGUCGUUCUACUGCAAGCGCCCCAUUGCUAUCGCUCCUGCCCUAGAUGUAGCCACUGCUCCACGCCCGAAAUGCCCCUCAUCGUCUUUGCUGCAUUGUAGCCUCGCCAUAUCUGGGCGUUUAUUUUCUUCACGAACUGUAGGUUAAGAACUGGAUGUACUACUGUAAGUGACUUGUUCCGUUGUUUUGGUAACGGUAUCUGGUUUGCGGCGGAAAAAAAAAGUUCAUGUGUUUGGAGCUCUGAGUGAACCCUCCCUGCCCUUUUUCAGCUCCAUUCGCCCUCUGUACGUAACCCGGCGUAGGUAGUAGCAGCACUGCAGCAGGGAGCUCAUUUUCAGAAACCGUCCAUCUCUGUGUUCUCGCACGAGCCAUGAUGCCAAUGACCACGGGAGGCUGGCUCGGUAACAAUGUGGAAGCCAAUCCGGGACGCGGAGGAACUACGCAGCGGCGCGAUGCGUUUUACCAGCAAACGUGUGGUGGAGACAGGGGAGAAUGCACGUGCAGGCCAGUGAUUCGCUGCCUUAUCCGCCGAAUCCUCCCGCUGCAUGCCGAGCGCACAACACACGCGCCGGCCAGCCAGCCCCGUGACCGAGACCGUGCGAGCGCUCAAGUCGAAGGGAGUGAGGGAAAUGGCGGGCGCGACCUUCCUCUCGGCUCCCGCGCUGCUCGGCCUCCCGUCCGUCUCGUCGCCGGCGCGCAGACACGCACACAUUCAGGUGUGCUGCCAGGCCAAAGCCGGGGGCUCCGGCGCUGAGGCUGCCGCCGCUUGCGAAGAGGCUCUGCGGCUCCGCAGAAGGGACCUGAUCGGGGGCUGCUUCGGCGCCGCCGUUGGCUUGGAAAUCGUUGAGGGCUCUACGAGGUUCACAGGGGUGGCUGCCGCGGCUGACCUGAUCGAACGCCGGCAGCGCUCCGAGUUCCAAUGUAGGUCGCCUCAGCUCCCUCUUUUCGCCUCAAAUGCUAGUACAUACUUAUAUGCCUCUUAAUGACCUUCCGCGUUGAUGCACUUUGCUGUUUGUUUCUUCAGCAAGCAUCAAAAGCACCCUCACAGCAGCCAUAGAGGCAAAGCCAGAGCUUGUCCCAUCACUCUUGACCUUGGCACUGAAUGAUGCUAUGACAUACGACAAGG